UUUCUUUUUCUUUUUCUUUUUUGCUUAUCUUUUUCACCAAGCAAAAAUCCGUCAUUAGAGUAUAAUCCAGCCGCCAUUUUCGAUUGGUUUGCUAAUUCUUUUACCAUUUUUGUAAACGAUAUACUACUACUUUAUUGCAAUUUCAUUGCUGUUCCAAGCAUCGAUCAGCUGCGCUAAGGUCAAUUUUGAUAAAUAAAUUAAAAAAAAAAAAAAGGAAGAAAGCUUUCCGAUGGCUGCCGCGUACGCGGCGACUUGUAACCGGGGCUUUGUUUUCGGACCCCAUUUUCGUGGGUCCACCAGACACAUCUCCGAUCUCGUUAAAUCCAACGGGCGACGCAUCUUCCUCGUCGACACUUUGGCCCUCGUGAGGAAAUUGGAGGCGCAAGGGGUUCCGUCGAAGCAAGCGGAGGCGAUAACGGGGGCUAUGACGGAAGUCCUCAACGACAGCUUGGAAAAUGUUUCUUAUUCUUUUGUUUCCAAAGGUGAAAUGCUGAAGAAUGAGAUGACUCAGGAUUCCAAUUUGUCCAAAUUCAUAACUCAAGUUAAAAGUUCUCAGGAGCACCAUUUUUCUUUGCUGCAACACGAGACCGAAAAACUCAAGAGUGAUAUAGAGAAGAUGCGCAGUGAGUUGAGGUAUGAAAUCGACAAAGUGACCGCUGGGCAGCGUUUGGAUCUUAAUCUUGAAAAGGGGAGAAUACGGGAUGAGCUGAACAAUCAAAAUCAAGAAACAACUCACCUUACUAACAAACUAGAUAGAGAAAUUCAUGAACUGAGGGCGCAAUUGGAAGCAGCAAAAUACGACGUGAUUAAAUAUUGCAUAGGUACACUUGCCUCCAUUUCUGCUGUUGGUCUCGCUGUAAUCCGAAUUCUAUUGUAAGCUGCAUCGCCAUUUUUUAGAUUGAUUUUUGCGUUUAAAAUCCAUGGCUACUGUUUUCGAAGUAGUCUUAUAUAUAUAUAUUGCUAAAAAAUCAGCAAAGUGUGAUUUAUUGAUCCGAGCCUUUUAACUUGAGAGGAUUUUUGUAAUUGUUUUGUUUAGAGUUUCGGCUAGUUGUGAUCCAUGAAUCCUGUACAAGAUGUAACUGCAAAUAUUGGUAGAAUUUCUGAUAUUUGUAAUUUUUUUAUUUUA